AUGGCACCAACAAAGCAGGAACUCUCCCUGCUAAUCCAUCCUCUCGUACCAGAAUCAGUCCAACAUAACAACCGCGUCCUCUCAACCCUUCAUAGCCUAACCUCCUUCCUCCUAGGCCUCUCAGCAGGAAUUCUAGCCCUGCAAUCAACAUACGGCUUCGCCUUCUACUUCCUCGGCACAAUCCUAGUCUCAGGACUCUUCCACCUAGUCCUAAUCCACCGCUCGAACGGCGGUGGCGCGGGCUCUUACUUCCCGGGCAGUAAUGCUGGCGAGAUCGAGGGUGUUGUCGAGAUGGAUGAGAAGAGCCGGACUGUGAAGAUGCAGCUUGCUGGGAAGGCUGGUUCGAGGAGAAUUUUGCGCAAGGGUGCUUGGAGGGAUGUUUGGUUUGGUGGUGGUGUUAUGAGUGAGGCGCUUAGUGGGUUUGUGCUUGGGUGGGCUGGUGUUGGUGGUGUUUUGAGGUGA